AUGUCUCAAAUGAUUAUUUUAAUGAAGUGAGGUGCAAGAUAUCAGAGUGACUUCCCUUGAGUAUGAAUCUUUCUAACGGAUGUAUAUUGCUCACUUCUCGUCUAAAUCCCUGAAUUAAAUUGCGAUUCAAAACUUCACCUUAAUUGUGGAAAUGGAUGAGACAUUACAAGUCAAGAAACAUCAUCACAAAAGCACUUCCAAGAGUAGUCAUCGGCAUAAAAGUAAAGAGAAACACAAAUCUCAGACUUCAUCUGAUAUGUCAGAUAGUUCAGAAUCCCAACAUCGACAUAAAAAAAGGAAGAAAUCCAAGCAUAAAAAGAAAAGAACACAUUCUUCCUCUGAAAGCUCUUCUGAUUCUAAUGCUGAACCAACUCUUGAACAACGUUUGAAUGACUUUGAUGCCAGGAAAAUAGCUAGCAUUGAAGAACAUCAAGCUGAAAAGAGAAAGCUGAAGGAACUUCAAAAGGCUACUGAGACUCCUGAAGAAAAGCGAGCAAGAAGACUUAGUAAGAAGGAAGCCAAAGAACGUAAACGCAAAGAAAGAAUGGGCUGGGAUCAAGAUUAUUUGGGAUACACGAAUGCAGACAACCCUUUUGGUGAUGAGCAUCUGCUAGACACUUUUGUAUGGCAGAGGAAAAUGGAGAAAGAAGGCAAGAAAGGUGUUGCAGUGGAGAAACUACAGAAGAUGCAGAAGGAGAAAAUGGCUGAGAAUAGGCGGGAACUUGAGAAAGUAAAGAAACGACGUCUUGAGCGAGAAAAGGAACAAGAAGAGAGGGAGAAGGAAAGGGAACGUUUGCAACGAGAAAAAGAAGCUGAAUAUUUCCGUGAGUGGGAAAAACAGGAGGACAGUUUUCAUUUACAUCAAGCAAAAAUGCGUUCAAAGAUAAGAAUCCAGGAUGCUAGAGCUAAACCUAUUGACCUGCUGGCAAAAUACAUCAGUGCAGAAGAUGAUGAUCUUGCUAUUGAGAUGCAUGAACCUUACACAUAUCUCUAUGGUCUUACAGUACCAGACCUGGAAGACUUGCUUGAAGACAUUAAAGUAUAUUUACAACUGGAACAAGGUAAAAAUGCAGAUUACUGGCGGGACAUUAUCACAGUUACAGAGGAUGAGGUGAACAAACUGAAAAAGUUAGAUCCUCUUAGUCGAGAUUAUGCUGGUGACCGAAGAGAAGGAAUUAACCACUCAGUCAGCAGUGAAGUGUCCACUAUAUUUAAAGGGAAAACUACAAAUCAAUUGUUACUUCUACAGGAACAGAUGAAGAAGAAAUUGCAAGGCGGAGAGGGCAUUGAUAUCGGCUACUGGGAGUCAUUGAUGUCACAGCUGAAUGCACACAUUGCAAGGACAAGGCUCAGAGAAAGACAUCAAGAUGUCCUCCGCCAGAAAUUAUUCAAAUUGAAACAAGAGCAAGGAAUUGAGUCUGCUCCACUGUUUCCUAUCUUGGUUGAAAGUGAGGGUUCACAGAGAGUUCCUGCAAACAAUAAUGUACUACAGCCAAGUUCAAGUUCAGCUGAUGGUGGAAGUGAAUCUGUAACAACACAAAAUAAAGUCGACUCCAGUGUAACAGCACCAGCAAGCACUUCUGAGGGAGAAGAAAUGCAAGAUGGGGCCACUUCUGAACCUGUUUUUACUGAACAAGACUUAGUCAAUCAGUGCCAAGAUGACUAUGAAAAUGGUGGAUACAGCCCAAAACUUCUUCGCUUGGAUGAAUUGGAGUUUGAUGCCAUUGUCUUUGAUCCUGUUGAUGAUUUGAAGAAAUUAGAGCUAGCUCGAGAACAAGUGUUAACUACAGGUCGAGUCAAAUUGGAUAUGGAGACUGAAUUUGAAAAGAAGGCUCGUGAAGGGAUGGGUGAUGAUGAAGCACAAUUCAGUGUUGAAGUUGCUCUUGACCAACAAGCCUUCCUGUGGUCAAACAAGUAUCGACCAAGAAAACCACGUUUCUUCAACAGAGUUCAUACGGGCUUUGAAUGGAACAAGUAUAACCAAACUCAUUAUGACAUUGAUAAUCCACCACCUAAAAUUGUACAAGGAUACAAAUUCAAUAUAUUCUAUCCUGACCUUAUAAAUAAAGCUGAUACUCCAGAAUAUGCUUUGACACCUUGCAAUGACAAUAAAGAUUUUGCACUGUUACGCUUUCAUGCUGGGCCACCCUAUGAGGAUAUUGCAUUCAAAAUUGUCAACCGUGAAUGGGAAUAUUCAUACAAGCGAGGCUUCCGCUGUCAGUUCCAGAACAACAUUUUCCAACUGUGGUUUCACUUCAAACGUUAUCGCUACCGGCGAUAGGAUUCCCCUUCUUUCUUCAUUCAGAUUUUUAAAGCAAUGUAUAUUUUUUAACAAUAAAUCUGUUCUUUUGGA